AUGUCAAAUACAUUAUAUGAUCUUGUUCAUGUUUUAUAUACUCAUAAUGAACGUGAUACAAUUGCUGAGUCAAUUUUACUUCGUGUUAUUAUACCUCCUAAUGCACAAGCUCGUGUUAUGUUUGAAACAUCAUUUGUUGGUGGACAAUGUGCAACAUUAAUCGAAAAGGAUAAUAAUCAUCUUGUACCAAAUGUUUUAUUUUUUUAUGUUAAUGUAUUAAUAAUUGAUUGUGAACAUGACAUUAAUUUACAUUAUUUUGAAAACAUUCGUUAUCUUUGUAUAUAUCGUUUAAAUUAUGAAUUAUUAAUACAAAUGGAUAGUAAUACUUUACCAUAUUUAGAACAUUUAUCGAUAAAAUGUGUACCAUCUAGUGUUAUUCAUUUAUUAGAUACAUUAUUUUCUAAAAAUAUUUUUUCGAAUUUACAAUCAUUCUAUGUUAACACAUUCAAGGCAAUGGAGCCCACUGGUGGGCUCCAGGGUGUCAAUUUACAUUUACUUUCAAUUUAA